CCGCAUUCUUGAGCAACAGCGGGGGCGGUCGGAUGGAUACAUAACGAGAAGAGGAAGUGUUUCAGCAAGUAGUCGAGGCUGACAUGAGAGAGGGCAACAGCAAAGCCCGCUAAGAAACAACUAUUUACAGUCCAUGGGCCCAGCUGUGACACCAUCUAACCUGGUGUGAAAAAAUGAUAAUCCUGCGCUUGCAAGGUCUUGAUGUGAAGGCAGGCACUAAAGAUGUACGGAGGUUCUUCAAACGCCUUCACAUACCUGACGGAGGAGUGUACAUCGUGGGAGGAAGUCUGCAAGAAGCAUUUAUUGCAUUUACUUUAGAAAAACAUGCACAGCUUGCUUUGCGGUACACGGGAAGGUUACUAAAAGGUUCUAAAGUUAGUCUACACCUAAGCAGCAUGGCAGAGCUUGAGAAAAAACUAAAAUAUUGGCUGAAGAGGAGGAAGCCCUCCCCCCCACAGCCUCCUGUGAAGAAACCCUCCCCCCCACAGCCUCCUGUGAAGAAGUCCUCCCCCCCACAGCCUCCUGUGAAGAAGUAUCAGCCAUUUUCAGAUGCUAAUGUGCUGCCUUCAAAUGAUAUCCCUUUUGAUGCCAACACUCUGCCAGAGCCUCUUCAUCCAGAUCCAGAUACAAAUCUACAACCUUCAAAUGCAGACUCACAAGACUUCAAUGCUGCCUUUCUUCUUGGGAUGUAUACUAUCAUUCAAGGUCUCCAGUCAACCAGUCAACACACACACACAGGUGAAAACAACAAGGCAGAGCAAACAGUUGACUUUCCAAGAACUAACAGCACAGGAGUGGUUGAUGAAAUUAUGUCACCAAAAAAGACUCCAGACUCAGGGCCAGGCUACGUCAGGCUCUUUGGUCUGCCAGCCUCCACUAAAAAACAGGACAUCUGCCAGUUUUUCCAAGGGUUGACAGUACAGGAAGCCAUCGUGGAUGUUGAGUUGGGACGUAGCCACGCAUGCCUCGUGAAGUUUGCACACACACAGGAUGCGUUUGAUGCUCUUCUCUUCAACCAGCAGUCAUUGGGCCCCAUCUGUGUGGAGGUGCGUGCAGCAACUGAGAAGAUGUGGACCAAUGCACUGCAGGAAUGUGAAGCUGCUGUUAAUGUUGGGGAGAGAGUAAAAACCAAGCAAAAGCCUCUCACGGAAAGGGCACACCACGGAAAAAAGAACAUGUCUGCGCUGCAGCUCAAGAGGCAGUUUAUCAACCAGUUGCCAUCAAAAUUGCCAAAAAAGCCAAGAGCUGACUGUGACUCCAUCACUACCAUAUCGCCAGCUGUGGAGUACAACGUCAUGGUAAACAAUCUAUCCAAAGGGAUGACCAAGACUGAAAUAAAAGAGUUGUUUGGAUGUCCGAACAUUGCACACACAAAUGUAUUAAAUCUGCUUGACAAGGAAGGCAACAGAUCAGCUACAGCCUUCCUUAUAUUUGAAUGCACUGAGGAUUAUGACUAUGCAAUGAAUCUCAAUGGCUGCCAUGUGGGUUCAAAUACCAUUGAGGUCUCGUCAAUCACUAAAAAGACGAUGAAAGAGAUGAUGGGCAAAACCCUACCCAGUCUUGAACUUUGUCCAAAUACUGGACCCAAGGGGAAACGGAAUCCACUUGUGCCGAGCAAUAAAUCUGGCCCAGCAGCUCAGACCUGCCUUUUCGUCAGAAACCUGCCUGCAGAUGUCCAAGAAAGUAAUAUACAAAUACUUUUCAGCACAUUCAGACUUAAGAAGAAUAAUAUCAUUUUACUGCGUAACAGCAAUGGGGAGAGUAUUGGUGAGGCUCUGGUUCAGUUUCAAUCUCCAAAACUUGCUUCACUGGCUCGCAGGCUCCAUGGCCUGGAAUUCCAGGGGACAAAACUACUUCUUACUUGCAUUACCAUGAAACAAAUGGAGGACGUCUUGGCAAAAAACGUUUGAAGCAGUUAAACAUUAACGCUCAAAUGCAGACAUAGUGGCUCAAGGCCAUAACUAUUUUUUUUUUUUUUUACGACCAGUUUGUUUCAACUGUUACUUUGCUUAACUUCAGCAACAUGUCGAGUUGUUUUCUUACUUUUCAAAUGUUUUUUAAGAAUGUCAUUAGCUCUGAACAUUCCAUGUAUUCUAAAAUAAAUGAUUUUUUUUACUGUUCA